UUGACUCUGGCAGACAUCGCCAUCUUUGAAGGAACCACAACUGUUUCCCAGCUGAAUCCAGACCUCUUCAAAGAGUAUCCAGAUUUGGUUGCUUUCCGAGAGAAGAUUUCCAACGUUCCUGGAAUCAAGGAGUAUCUCGCAUCCAAGGAAAAGACCAGGAUGUGAAUAAUACUCGAUGAAUCUUAGUUUUUGGUUUUCAACCAUUCCUGUAAUUUUCUCACUCAUUUUAGUGUAUUUGCAGAUACACUAGUUGGCCUAUAACUUACUUUAAAAUAAAAUAUGAUGAAGUAUGGUUCAAAA